CGAAUCAUGUGACUGUGUGUGAUCACCGCAGACUGACAGACUGAGAGAACUUGUGACCAGCCCUCGCAGCUGCACAGGCGCUUUUAGCAUCUCGACUCGGCUUAAAGAGACACUUAAGUGGACCAACGCAGCUAAACAUCCUCUUUUUCAUCUCUUCCAUCUCCACUGCUGCUCAAAACAACAAGAUGGACUGCGGGAUUAUCACGUCCAAAACCGUGCUCCUCUUCCUCAGCUUGAUAUUUUGGGCUGCUGGAGCGUUUAUGGCCUAUGUUGGAUCAUAUGUGUUCAAAACGUAUGACAACUUUGACAGUUUCAUCAACGACCGUUACACCCUCAUCCCCGCAGUCAUCAUCAUCAGCAUCAGUGUCGUCAUGUUCAUCUUUGGCAUUGUGGGAUGCUGCUCCACGGUCCGGGAAUCCAAAGUCGGCCUUAGCUGUUUCUUCCUGAUCAUUAUGGUGAUUUUUGUGGCUGAAGUGGCAGCGUUGGUGUGCGCCUUCAUUUUCAGAGGCAUGAUAAACAAGGAUCUGGAUCGUUCUAUGAAUGUUGUUUUUGCAAAGUACGAUGGACAGGAUGCAGACUCUAAAGCAGUGGAUUACCUUCAGUCACAGUUGCAGUGUUGUGGAGUGAAGAACUACACCAGUUGGACCAACACCACCUGGUUCUCCAGAAACAACACAGUGCCUUUGUCCUGCUGCAAACCCAACUCCACCUCAUGCACUGGGAAACUGGACCAAGUAGAUCUGCUCAACACAGAGGGCUGUGAGGUGAAGCUGCUAACCCUCCUCCAUGAGUCUUUGAGCUAUGCCAUGCUGGUCAUUCUGGGAUUUGCCAUCGUCAAGUUCUUUGGAAUGCUGAGCGUGUGUGUGAUCACCUGCAGAUCCAACAGCAGGAGAAAUGGCUACGAGUCUCUCUACGCUUAAAGAACUCACUUCUCAUCCACACAGACUUUAUGUAAAUACGAUGUGCAUUUUUAGUGAUGUGUAAUUAUUACAGUAUCUUACAAUCAAGACUCCUAUAAAAGAUUUUUAUACACAAUUCUUUGCUGUGUGUUUUGUUUGAUUACCUUUAAAAAAAAGUUUUCGACAAUAAAUCAUUUUGUUCAGUAUAUGUUUAAUAAAAA